ACAGUUUCCCGUUUGAUUAGGUGUGAUUAGUCAUUAGAUGAUACUGCCGGACAGUUGAUUGUAAUAUGUGAAUUCUCAAGCCAGGAUUAGGAUUCACAACAUUUAAAAGAUAUCCGUGAAAUAAAAGAGGAAAAACUGUACUUGUGUAUAAAUUAAUUAGAGAAAAUUUUUUCUUUCUUGGAUUAGUUUGCAGCCAGUAGAAUGGAAACGGUUACUGGCAACGAAACGAUUACCACUUCUGAAGAUAAGAUUAGAAAAUCUUUACAUGAAUUGCAGCCAUCAGCCACUGACAAAGAAACUUUAGUUGGUGCUGAUAGGAUGAUCAAAUCGACUCAAAAAUUAAAAGCAAAAUCAAAGAGAAAUGAAUCUCAAAUAACAAAAGAUAGGUCUAAACACAAAAAUGUUAAAAGCAAAGACAAGACUGUACAAACUGAACGAGAGUGGAAAAUACAAGUAGAACCUGAAGAUUUAACAUCUACAGACGCAGCUGGUCCGAGUGAAAAUUAUUGGCAAAUCCUAAGCGAAAGGCGACGAAUAGCACUUAAAGAUGCUUUAGAAAAAAAUGAAGAACUUGUAGAAUAUAUUGAAAAAUUGGAAGAAGAAAACCGUGUUUAUAAAGAGAUGUUAAAUGAGACAAGAGCACUUGUUGAUGUGCUGCAGGAGAUGAUUGGAGAUGAUAGAAGUGGCAUAAAUAAUUCAUUAGAAGAUACCCUUUAACAUUAGAUAUCUAUUUUUUUUAAUAAAAAAAAAAAUAAAGGACAAUAUAAAAAAAUUGGUAAAUCUCCAUAAAAUUUUUGCAAAAAUAUAUUUUCAUAAAAUUUCAAUUUUUAUUUCAUUAGGU